AUGGACCUCGUUCUCGAAUUAUUUGACGAAUAUUUGCUAGACAGAGCUUGGGCAUCUAUAGUCCCUAUUCACGCAUUCCAGCAUACCAUCGCCAACGGGACCUCCACCGUUCCUCUACUCACUUUGACUUCUAAAUGGACUCAGCUUGUGUCCCACCUUCCUCAUCCACCACUCACAAUCGACAACUCACUCUAUGAUUCGUUGUCAUCUUCGACAUCUAGUUUCGUCGUACCAAGGUCGGCUUGGCCUAGAGCAUAUUUCCCUCGCCAAAUAAUAUCCCUCACACUCAUCACUCUCGUCGGAAUUUAUGCGCUAUACUUUUUGUUCGCCUCCCUCUCAUAUUAUUUCAUCUUCAAUCACGAUAUGAUGCGCCAUCCUCGUUUCUUGAAGAAUCAAGUAAAGCUCGAAAUACAGACGUCUCUCAAAGCAUUUCCUGUAAUGACUCUCCUUACUCUUCCCUUCUUCCAAGCGGAAGUUAUGGGAGUGAGUAAACUUUACGAUCGCGUCGACUCGUACGGCUGGACAUAUUUCAUCCUCAGCAUUCCUAUGUUCUUGCUUUUCACUGAUUUUUGCAUCUACUGGAUUCAUCGCUGGCUACAUAUCCCUAUCAUAUACAAAACUCUUCACAAACCCCAUCACAAGUGGAUCAUACCCACCCCGUUUGCUUCUCAUGCUUUCCAUCCAAUAGACGGGUGGGCUCAGUCUGUCCCGUACCACGCGUUCAUCUUCCUCUUCCCGAUGCACCGAGUCCUUUACCUUGUUCUCUUCGUUGCGGUCAAUUUUUGGAGUAUCUUUAUACAUGACUCGGAUAUGAUUACCGGUCAUCCACUCGAGAAAAUUAUCAAUGGUCCUGCCCACCAUACACUACACCACAUAUACUUUACCGUAAAUUACGGCCAGUAUUUCACUUGGGCAGAUCGUGCUGGAAACUCCUACCGCCACCCUGACAGCUCCUUAGACCCUCUAUUGGAAGUGAAGAUAAACGAACACAAGGAACGAGAGGCAGAGGCCAGGAAGACCAAGUAG